AUGCGAGCCGGGCCGGCGCUGCUGUCCGUGCUGCUGGGCUGCGCUCUGGCCGCGGAGCCGCGGCUGCAGCGGGGCAUGCCCAAUGUGUGCCCAGUGCUGGAGCUGGCUCUGGUGGGACACCAGGAGCCCUGUAUUCAGUCCUUCAGUCGGAUGGUCAGGAUGUGGAAGCAAGGCUGCACGAAGAGGAGGUGGUGUGUGAGCUAUGAGAGAAGGUCUGGCUACUACACGGUUUACAAGCAGGUGUACAGGAUGGAGCAGCAGACUGUCUACAGGUGCUGCCCCGGCUGGGCCCAGCAGGACAAGGAGCCUGGCUGUCUGCACUUGCUCUGCACUGCUGGCACUUGCUUCAACGGAGGGAAGUGCUCUGGAGAAGGAUCCCAGGUGUGCCAGUGUCCUGCAGGAUUCCAGGGGCCUCGCUGCCAGUAUGAUGUCAAUGAGUGCACCACAGACAACGGCGGCUGCCACGACCGCUGCUGCAACACCAUCGGCAGCUACCACUGCAAGUGUCCAGCUGGCCAGAAGCUGGGGGAAGAUGGAAAAUCCUGUGCAGACGUGGAUGAGUGUGAGGUGCUGAACGGGGGCUGCCAGCAGGGCUGUGUCAACACCCAGGGCUCCUUCCAGUGCCAGUGCCGGCCGGGAUUUCGGCUCCACGCCGACGGGCGCACCUGCCUCGCUGUCAAUUCCUGCAGCAUUAACAACGGGGGCUGUGAGCAGGACUGUGUUCAGCUCAGCGAGGACCACUACAGGUGCCAGUGCCAGCCAGGCUACCAGCUGAAGACAGAUGCCAAAUCCUGUGAAGUGAUAGACCCCUGCACAAGUGGGAAUGGAGGAUGCUCACAAAUCUGUCAGAAUGAGAGAGGAAUUGCAAAAUGCGAGUGUCAUCCAGGGCAUUCUCUUGCUGCAGACAAAAAGUCCUGUUUAGACGUGGAUGAGUGUGCAGAGGGCAGGGCCAGGUGUGCCCAUCGCUGUGUGAACACCCCGGGCUCCUUCAGCUGUGCCUGCAGCCCCGGCUUCGAGCUGGGCGCGGACGGGCGGCGCUGCUACCGCAUCGAGAUGGAAAUCGUGGACAGCUGCCGGGACGGGAAUGGCGGCUGCGAGCACGGCUGCGAGCACACGGCAGCGGGACCACGCUGCUCCUGCCACCGCGGCCACCGCCUCGCUGGGGACGGCAAAACCUGCACAGAUGUGGACGAGUGCGAGACUGGGGAGUCCUGCUGCUCCCAGUUCUGCAUCAACUACGCGGGGGGCUACGAGUGCGCCUGCAAGGCGGGGUUCCAGCUCAGUGCCGACGGCUGCUCCUGCGACGAUGUGGAUGAAUGUCGUCUGGAUAAUGGCAACUGUGACCAUUUCUGUGUGAAUUCCCUGGGGUCCUACGAGUGUGCCUGUAAGGAGGGUUACAGGCUUGGGGAUAGCAGAUGGGCCUGCGUGGGUGUGGAGGAGGCGGAUGCAGAGGAGGCAGCAGGGCUGGCUGGAGCCCCGGGGCUGCACUUCCGAGGGCCCCCCCAGCUGCUCCGCUUCGCCCUCGGGGCCCUGGCUGAGGAUGGAGACCCCCGAGGAGAGCUCACCCUGGUGCACAGGGUCGUGUGCCUGGGUGACACGUUUGGCCAGGACUGCAGCCUGAGGUGUGAGGAUUGUCUGCACGGGGGCCGCUGCAACAGCGAGCGCAGCGGCUGCGACUGCCCGCCCGGCCGGGCUGGGGUCAUCUGCAACGAGACCUGUCCCCCCGGGACGUUCGGCAGAGGAUGUGCCGGUGUCUGCAGGUGCCAGAACGGAGGCUGGUGUGACCCCGGCACAGGGCAGUGCCACUGCCCACCCGGUGUGCUGGGCCAGCUCUGCGAGGACGGUUGCCCAAAAGGUUUCUUUGGGAAGAACUGUAACAAACCAUGCAACUGUGCCAACAAGGGCCACUGCCACAGACUGUAUGGAGCCUGCCUGUGUGACCCCGGGCUCUACGGCCGCUUCUGCCACCUCACCUGUCCCAGGUGGGCCUUCGGCGCGGGCUGCUCGGAGGAGUGUCAGUGUGUGAAGGAGCACACGCUGGAGUGCAGCCCCAGGAACGGCUCCUGCACCUGCCAGCCUGGCUAUCACGGCAAAAAGUGCCACAAAGAAUGCACUCCGGGGUUUUAUGGGUCUGGUUGCAAACUGAGGUGCAGCUGUCCUCCUGAUGUUCUAUGUGAUCCUGAAACAGGAGCCUGCAAACAUCCGUGUCCAGCUGGGUUUCAUGGAGAAGAAUGCCAUUUGUCUUGUCAGCCUGGCAGCUUUGGGAUGGGCUGCAGGCAGAGGUGCAGCUGUGGAGGAGCCCCGUGUGACCCGAGGACAGGGCAGUGUGUUUGCCCAGCUGGGAAGACUGGUGCUACGUGUGAGCAAGAUUGCCCAGAUGGCCAGUGGGGACCAGACUGCCAGAACUCCUGCGAGCCCUGCGCCAACGGGGGACAGUGCAACAGGGAAACUGGAGCCUGUGACUGUCCCCCUGGCUACACUGGGCCAUCCUGCUCUGCCACCUGCCCCGAUGGGCACUAUGGACAGAGCUGCCGGUGGCUGUGCAGCUGUGGCAGCAGUGCUCAGUGCCACCACAUCACUGGAGAGUGCUCCUGUCCCCCGGGCUGGACUGGCCACGACUGCAAACAGCCCUGCAGCAGCGGCCGCUGGGGCCGGGACUGCGCCAACUCCUGCGCCUGCGACGGCGGCGACGGCGGCUGCGACCCCGCCACGGGCACCUGCUCCUGCCAGCCGGGAUUCACCGGGCAGCACUGCCAGCUCCGGUGCCCGGAGGGGAGCUUUGGCCCAGGCUGUGAGUCCAGCUGUCAGUGCCAGAACGGAGCUGCCUGCGACCACGUCAGUGGAGCCUGCACCUGCACGGCGGGCUGGACAGGAACCUUCUGUGAAAAAGCCUGUCCAGACGGAUUCUUUGGGAUUGACUGCCACCAGGUGUGCAAGUGCAAGAAUGCUGCUGGCUGUGACCACGUGCUGGGCUCCUGCCACUGCCUGCCAGGCUGGCAGGGGGAGAGCUGCGAGCAGCCCUGCCAGGAGAACAGCUAUGGGCCGGGCUGCAGGAGCACUUGUCACUGUCACAACAGAGCUCUCUGUCACCACGUCACCGGGACGUGCCUCUGUAGCCCGGGCUGGAAAGGAGCCACCUGCCAAGAAGCCUGUCCCCCAGGGUGGUACGGAGCAAACUGCCUGCAGCGCUGCCUCUGCCACGGCCAGGCCACCUGCGACCCUGUGAGCGGCGAGUGCCAGUGUCCCCAGGGCUGGACAGGGACAGCCUGUGAGCUGGAGUGUGGGGACGGGCAGUUUGGAGAGGGCUGUGAGCAGAACUGCAGCUGCCACCACGGGGUGUGUGACCAGCCCUCAGGGAAGUGCCUCUGCCACGCUGGCUGGACCGGGGACCGCUGUGAUGUUGGCUGCCCCCCGGGAUUUUUCGGCGAGGGCUGCGAGGAGCGGUGUGACUGCGCCCACGGCUGGUCCUGCCACCCCCAGACCGGAGCGUGUCACUGCCAGAGGGGGUGGCGAGGGAGGCACUGUGACAAACCCUGCCUGCCCGGCCGUUACGGCGCGGGAUGCGCGCGGCGGUGCCGCUGCCCCACGGGAAGGCCCUGCCACCACCUGACGGGCGCCUGCGGAUGUCCCCCGGGAUUCACCGGCCACGGCUGCCACAAGACUUGUCCAGCGGGCACGUAUGGGCAGGACUGUCACGGAGUGUGCCAGUGCUCUGCUGAGAAUCAGGAAUGUCACCCUGUCACCGGCCACUGCUCCUGCAGCCCGGGCUACCAUGGGGCCCACUGCCACCUCCGGUGUCCAGAAGGUACUUAUGGUUCAAACUGCCAAAAUCCCUGUAAAUGCAUGAACGGAGGCCACUGUGACCCCGCGUCAGGAACUUGUGAUUGCGCUCCCGGUUUCAUCGGAGCCAACUGCAGCAAAACCUGCCCUGAGAGCUGGUAUGGGAAGGACUGUGCCCAGCCCUGUGCCUGUGGCAGAGGCCGGUGUGACCCACGGACUGGCGAGUGCGCCUGUGCCCCCGGCCACACGGGCCCCGCCUGUCAGCAAGUGUGUCCCCAGGGACAGUAUGGCCCCAACUGCCACCUGAGGUGUACCUGUCAGAAUGGUGGCAUCUGUGACCACGUGGAUGGCAACUGCACCUGUGGGCUCGGCUGGACAGGCAGAUCCUGUGAGGAAGAGUGCCUCCCAGGAAAGUAUGGGGCUGGCUGCUCCCUGGACUGCCUGUGCCAGCACAAUGGCACCUGUGACAGGUUCACAGGGUGCUGCAGGUGCCCCGAGGGCUUCUACGGCCACUCCUGUGAGCACAGGUGCCCCCUGGGAUUUUAUGGGCUGGGCUGUCUUCAGACCUGUGCCUGUAAAAAUGGAGCGAGCUGUGAUGCAGUGACAGGACAGUGCCUUUGUCCUUUGGGUUAUCAUGGUAUCCACUGUGAAAAAGGCUGUGCCAGGGGCUGGUUUGGUGAGGGCUGCCAGCAUCAGUGUGACUGUGGAGAUGCUCCUUGUGAUCCAGAGACUGGGAAGUGCCUUUGCCCACCUGGGAAGACUGGAGACAAAUGUGACAGUGGGUGCAGGGCAGACAGGUACGGCCCCGGCUGCUCCCUGCGGUGCCAGUGCGCCGGCAGAUCCCGCUGCAAUCCGCACAACGGGAACUGCGCCUGCCCCAGCUCCUGGAUGGGGCCAACCUGCAGAGAAGGUGGCCCUCCAAAGCUUCCUUUUUAUGAAGAACAAGCUCAAGAAAGAGGGAGUAUUUUUCCAAGAGCUCUACAACAGUAACAUUUGGACUAAUAAAUGAACUGUUUUAUAUGCACAGACGGUAUUUGAAUUUGGAUAUGAAAACAGUUAUUCAAUUCAGCUUGAAUUGUACUGAAGUAUUCACACUUCUUAUGGAAGACUACAGAGGCCAUUUAGUAGCUGGAUCCUUUUAGAGUUGAAUCUGUUUCAUGUGCUCAUUCCUAGCCUCUUGCCCCUCCAUUAAUCUACUCUGGACAUUCUUUCUGGUAUUAAUAUAAUUCGUUUCUUGAAAGCCUGGACAUGU